AUGCGCAAAAACGCCUUUUCCUUCAAAACCGUUUUGAGGGAAAAUGAAGAGUUUCCCAGCGUCUCGGAGCUGCGGAUAUUCUUCGAACAGGUACUCAAAGAAAAGGACUGCGAGUGGAAUGUUAAGAGCCUGUCAUACUCACCUUUCGAGACAUUCCAUGAAUUUCUAAAAUCGCAAAAUCUGCAGACGCCAGUUUUAUUGGAAACCCUUAUUCAGAAUUCAGCGCUCAGAAACAAAGAUCAUUUCGAGUCCGCAUACACAAAGUUUAAAGAUCGAUAUAGACAUUUGGAGGUUAACACGCUGAUGUAUCUCAUGGACGAGAGAUUCCUGAACAGUAGGAAAGAGUAUGACGUCUGCUAUGCCGAACUCAGACAUGAGGACAAAGUCAAGAUACUUUUGACUGCAAUUCUCUGGUCCGAAUGUGUUUUCCCGUGCCGUGGAGGGGCAACCUGGAAAGAGCUCUUCAUCAAGUUUAGUCCUGAUACUUUGAGCGAGAAUUUGCCUUGGCUCAGUAGUGUUAAAUGGACAUCUUGUUUAGGAGGAGGUACUAUAAUGGAAGAAGAGGAAGAAAUGAAGGAGAGGAAUUUUGAGAUCAUCGACCGUCUUUGGGAAUGGUUUGAUGAUGACGAACAGGGCCCGUCGGUCAAGCUUGUAUUCGACAUGGCGUUACGGGGAAUGAAAAUUGGUGUGUCACGGAAGGGAAUAGCGCCCAUAAUUGAUGAUAUUAAGAAGGUUAUCUUGGAUAAUGAGCGCAUGGGAGGAUAA